ACUUGGUAGAAAGAGCAAAACCCAUAUUUACUUACCUCCCGUCCCCCUUUCGCUCCGCUCUAGUGAUUCUACUUCACUUCUCUAUUUCUCACUCCGCAACCGCCAUCACCAGUGACUGAAGCAUAAAAAAACGAACAUCACGAUACCCAACUCCAAAUACCAACCACAACCACAACCUCACAACACCUCCCAAACCCCCAAACAAAACCGCAACCAUGUCUUCAACAGCAGUAUCAACAGGCACCGCCUCCGCCCCCUCGGCAACCACAACCUCAACCUGCACCGCAAGCCUCUACGACACCCCCGAACACGACCGCGUCUGCGCGAUGCCCUACGGCGGAAACCACACAGACAUCAUGUCCGCCUGCUGCAACGACGCAGACGUGGUCGCCUACUACGACAACUGCGGCCUCUACUGCCUCGCCCUAGACCAAUCCGUCAAGGACCUCCAGGACUGCCUCUUCGAGCAGGGCGCGGGCUACACCGAGGUCUUCUGCCGCGACAACGGCAACGUGAACGCCUCCGCCACGGCGACGGGCAACGUCGACCCGCCCGUUUCGGCGCAGGCGAGCGUCGUUGCGUCGGGCGGUUCCGGGUCCGGGGCUUCGUCUUCGGCGAGCGGGAGCGGGAGCAGCUCGAGUUCUACUUCGUCGGCCAAUGCGGCGGCGGGGGUGCAUGUCCCUGCUGGGGUGAACACGCUUGGACUUACAAUUGGCGCUCUGCUUCUCUCUGCUGCGACGUUCGGCGCUCUUCAGAUCUAAGAAGAUCAACUAUUCGAGAAAAAAACAAAGCUAGUAAGAUAGGGCGAUGGAAAUGAACAUAGCUGCGCUAUGGAGGUCCCGGAUAUGAAGUGACAAACGGCCGAUCAACAUAAUGAGAUCACAUCACAACAGUACGAUAUUACGCGCUGAAUACGGCCGAAGGCAGCCACCCAGUCCAGCAUAAUAGCAGCAGAGUACGGAGAAAAGCGCGCGAUAUCCUAUCUGCGUUCACAGGAGGAAAAUGUAUUUAGCAUAUUGUUCAAUCAAGUUAC